GGACUAUGGCGGUCUUUGCAGAAGUGUUCAAGAUCAGCUGCAACAUGUACAGCAACUAGAGGCAUCUCGAGGAGCGUUUGCAGCGAUUCUUUCAGAUGCAUCUGUGGCAACUUGGGGCGAUGUUGGAUUUGGAAGUAACAUGUCACAAGUCCAAGAUGAAUUGAAGAAUGUGAAGCAGAUCAAGGCAUCGUCACGUGCUUUUGCCGCCGUUCUGGCGGACGGAUCUGUGGUUGCUUGGGGGGAUAUGUCUGGUGGUGGUGAUUGCAGCAGUGUUCAACAUCAAUUGAGACAUGUCAAGGAGAUUCAAGCGUCGGAUCGUGCGUUCGCUGCUAUUUUAGAAGAUGGAUCAGUGGUAACCUGGGGUGAUAAACAUUUUGGCGGUGUUAGCAAUAGAGUACAAAGACUUCUGAAAGAUGUACAAGAGAUUCAAGCUUGUCACAGUGCCUUCGCCGCGAUUUUGGCCAACAGAUCUGUAGUAACAUGGGGAGAUAAGGCCAAUGGAGGUGACAGCAGACAGGUGCAAGAUCGACUUCAGAACGUGCAGAGCAUUCAGCCUUCUUACUAUUCUUUUGCUGCAACUUUACGUGAUGGAUCUGUGGUCACUUGGGGAGACGCUGCCUUCGGAGGCUACAGCGAGAAGGUUCAAGAUCAGUUGAAGGCGGUGCGCGAGAUUCGCGCCACUUACUAUGCCUUCGCAGCGAUCUUGGCCGAUGGAUCUGUAGUAACUUGGGGCGACCCUCGGUAUGGAGGCGAUUGCAGCAAUGUCCAAGAUCAACUGAUCAAUGUUCAACGAAUUGGUGCGUCUCAUGGAGCUUUUGCAGCUAUUUGUCAAGAUGGAACUGUGGUAACCUGGGGUGAUCGUGAGCUCUACUGCGACCCAGAGAAGGACUGGAGCCUCCCAUUCACCUUGGAGCCGGGCAAAUCGUGCGGUUGGUGCGGUUCCCUAGACGGUCAGGCCUAUUGUGGGGCCAAUGGCGAGCGAGACUUUGCCUGCAUUAGGGCCUUGACCGGUUUCAGGACUCUUUGCAAUAUGAUCUGAGGAUGGGACUAUGCGCCCAGGGGCUUGGCUGAGGCAAUCUGCGGCAAAGUUUGCGCAGCUCAUACCGAGUGUGCCGGUUUUCAGUGGACAGGAAACAAAUGUUACUAUAGGAAGAGUACCUCUUGCGGACGAGCUGAUUGGAGCGUCUCGGAUUGUUGGACCAAGAUUGACCCCGAUGCCAUGAAGGUGUCCUUUGAUCGGCUUUCAGGCGCGUGGUGCUUGAAGUCGAAGUCGAAGUCUUUUGCACCUUUGUGCUCCUCUUCUGUCGCUGCACAUCCGCUGGAGUUGGGUGCGGGGCUGCAAGAGGGUGUGGAUUACACGCCUUUGGAGCCAAUGACCACCGCCUUUACGGGCAAUGGGGCAGUGGAGGUCGGGCGUGAUCAGAUGGACCAAAGCCUUUUGGGUCAGGGGCAGGGGGCCAAAUCCCGGGCCGGAAGCAACGGCGGCUUGGGCAAUAAAAAGUUCAAGAAGCUGCCAAAGAUCCCGAAGGCCAAGUUUGAGAUGGCAAAGUUUGAGGAGGCGGAGUUCAAGCCUUUCGAAGGCGAGAGGAAGGAGUUGGAGAGGCGCAGCGUCACAGAGACCGUCUUGAACUGGUCGCCAGAGCCUGUGAGCUACGCUCCUCACUGCCUGGCACGUGAGAGUCGGGAAAAGAUCAUUGGUGCUGAGCCUGUUGAGGGCGAGCACUACCUCAGCAAUCAGGAGAAGCAGAAAGACGUUGUGGGUGCUUGCUAUCAUGCUCUCGGAGUGGACAGCACUGGCGCCGCGGCAGUGGAAACUUGGGGAGAAGACGGGGUACCAGGAAAGAAGAACACGGAUUGGCAAGAGCCACACGUAUGGUCCAAGGCCAAUCCAUCCUUUCCUGGCUUGACCGCUGAUGCAGUUUGGGACUGCAGCACGCGUGACAUCAAUCGAGGCUGGAAGAUGGCGAAUUGGGAGAGGCAAACUGACAUGGCAACAGAUUACUUCGAGAACGCCUUCGAGCCAGCUUACAAGACCAUUUGCUCUUCCAUUGUUGGGGUCAUAACCUUGGCUGGAGCCAUAGCUGCCUAUGCCGGCACCAAGAACGAAGUCAGCGACAUUUGUGAAUCCAUAGGUGCCAACGCACAAGGUGGCGCCUUGUAUGCGCUCGAGGUUACACAAGACUACCGCAACAAGCGCUUCAUUGAGAGCGACUUCGCUGACUGCAACCCACUGCAGAACACCAUGGCCAAAGUUUACUGCGAUCUCGCUUGCGUGGAAGACGCAGUGAAGAGAGGUGACCAGCAGAUUCUGAGUUCCAUUGGCACGAUGAAUCACAACAUACUCUCUGAGAUGAAGGCCUUCUUUGACCACUACGUCUCUGAGAUUUUCGUGCGCCUCACGCACAUCGAAGACAAAUCCAGCCAUGAGACUCAGCAGCUGAAGCAGGCUAUGGACACCUAUGCCAAGGCUGAUAUUGAUGCCGUGAACUCCAAUGGCAAGCAGAUCAUCAGUGCCAUGAACUCGCAGCACUCUGCCAUCAACAAAAACCUUGGGGACGCCGCGAAGCAAAUCUUUGAUCUCAACCAUGAGGAGCACAAGAUCAUUGCUGCAAAGAUGGAUGCUCAUUUGGACGCCACAACUGACGCAAUCGACAAGCUGCAGGAGUCGACGGUGCAGGGCUUCAGCGAUGCGUUCAGCGAGUUUUCGGAUUCCCUACAGGAUGAUUCUGGAAGUCUCCUCCAGGAUCUUCACAAGCUUCACACCGCCACGCGCAACGCAUCCGAAGACUUCUCCACUUGGGCGAAGGAUUCCAUGCACAAAAUGAGUGGUGAGAGGCUGCAGCAGAUUCAUCAGAGUCUCCAACGCUUGCUCUCGAGAAUCCGUUCCAGAAAGCAAGCAAACGCGACGCUGCAUGAUGUGUGGUCCUUGCAUCAGGAUGCCCAGGGAACUUUGCAGGACUUGCUGAGCUUUAGGAGCACGAAGCAUUCUGCCACCAACCCAGCACCACGGCUGGAUGCCGACAUGAAGAAGCUGCUUAAGGCUGCGGAGUUGUCAAUUCAAAGCCAUCAUCUCUCCUCUGAGCGCAUGGGCAAGAGGAUGAGAGCGAUGCAGUCCUCCACAGCCUCAAGCUGGUCCCUUGAGGAAAGUCUUGAGAUGCAGUUGCAAUGGCAGCUGGUGCAGUUUGACAAGGUCAUGCUAAGUGUUCGUCAGGCUGCAGAGGAUUACUUGGAUGCUGCCAGCGAGCAGGUAGAGCUAGUAGCGCACGCCACAGAACUCACGAACCAGUACUUGUCCGAGUGCAGUGCGGACUAUUGGGAGCUACAACUUGCAUCCCAGAAAGCCAUGUCUUCUGGCAAGAAGGCAGCCAAGCAGGCCCGGGUGGCUGUCAGCCAUGUCACUCAGCAGGUGGGCCUGUUGGCUGAUGUCGUGGUUGAUGGCGGCCUCCUUCGCUCUAUCGUGGAAGAAGCUGCUUUGAAGCUUUCCCGGGAAAGGUUGGACUCGGCACCUCAAAGCAGCGUCCCCAUCGUGUCCUUGCACAAAGAGCUAUCAGGCGUUCACACUCAGCUCUUCCGGGAGCUGGCACGCCGCAUGCGCCCGAUCAUGCCCAGGGCAUGGGCGGCGCUGCAGCUCGUGCAAGACCUGCAGAUGCGGCAAGAGAUGCACGGCAUGGCGCGCGCCGGCGUCAAGGACGCUGAGCUGAUGCUCUCAUCCUGGCAGAGAUUGGACGCGGAGAUGCAGGAGGUGGUGCGCUCAGCACGAACUCCGGACAGCGCGCUUGGCACAGUCUUUAAGAAACACCUGGAGGAGGCCCUGUUGACGCGCGCGAAGGCUCCGGAAGAAUGUGAGGCCGCUGGCUGGGCGCUGUGGGGAAACCUCACCAAGGAUUCCAAGAUGUCCGAGGUGGUGUUGGUGAAGGGCAUGGCCCAGUUGCUUUUGGAGAGCGAGGGCAGGAAUGGCACCAAGUUUGACUUGGCCAGCGAGACUGGAGCGAUGGUGUGCUCCUUGCAGCCUCAAAAACUCGAAAACACGACUCUCUCCAGAACUCGACCUCUACGAGCAGGAGAGAUGGUGGUUUGCUUGAAUGAGAUGGAGCCAGGUUGCAAUGCGGUACUUCCCAACGGCAAAUCUGCUCUGAAUGCCGCCGUCCUUUGGGGCGUUUGAAAUUGCACAGGCUGCAAUGCGUUGCCACCCAGUUUUGCGCAGGAGCUAUGGGGCAAAUCAUUUCGCUGUGCUGUGAAGGCUAUGAUGCCAGAUGUUGGACCUGCGCCGUACGUGGCCAG